AUGGCUGUGAAUCCAGGCGCGAUUUUGAAACAUUUACCAUGGACAAGAUCAGAUCACAGACCAAUAUUACUAGAUACCGAUGACCAACAAGUGGAGGGGAGGAUUAAUGCUGGUACUAAACGCUUCGAAGCAAAGUGGUUAAAGGAGGAUAACUUUAGACAAGAAGUGGUCUUGGCUUGGGAGCGAGCUGGAACGGGGGCGGGAGAUGGUGUGCUGGCCCGUUUAGGCCGCAUGCAUUCAUCUUUGCAUGCAUGGGAUAACAAGUAUCUGAAACAACCGAAAUGUCGGCUUCGUAAGGCUCAACGUGACCUUCAAAAGGCAUUGGAUGGUCCUAUGUCAGAUGAAAAUGAUAUAAUUGCAAAGGAGAAAGCAAAUCUCAUUGAACUUCUGCUAGAAGAGGAUGAAAUUUAUUGGGCGCAAAGGUCUCGGGCAAACUGGCUUCAAUUUGGAGACAGGAACUCCUCCUUCUUUCACAAUUUUGCUACUGCAAGGCGCAAGAAAAAUUAUAUUAAGAAACUUAAGAACUCCGAGAAUGACUGGAUGGAAGGUACUGAGAAUCUAAAACCUCUCAUUUCUGAUUAUUUCUUUAAACUUUUCACCUAUGAGGUCCAGGCUACUUGA